AUGAGCGCCCUCAACAACUUUAUAAUUGCUGCUGAUCAGCUGGUUGCAUUUUGCACCAAUUUCGAAACGAUUUCUUUAGUAGAUCAAACUCCUUCUAAAUUAGAAGCAUCAAAAAUAGAAUUAAAGGACCUUUGGGUUGAAAUUAAAAGUCGCUAUACAAUUUGUUUACUUCCCACUCCCGAGGGAGAAGAAGAUUUAUCAGAUUCAGAUAUCGAAUCUGUUAAGGCAAAGUAUCUCUUAUCUGGAAAUACAUAUAUACAAUGUUUAAGUGAAAUGAUCGAGUCAAUUAAAAAACUAAAUAUAAUAAAAGCCGAUUUACAAACUUCCGCCCCUAGUCAAGCUUCGGUAUCUGGAACUGCAGCUCCUUCGAUAAUUCAAACUGUGCCUCCAACUGAAUUUCAAUCUGUACCUCCACAAUCUGCAGAGAUUCACCAGGAUCAACAUCUUGGUUCUACAAAUGGUGUCAAAGUACCUGCUUGCGACACCGACAUAUUUUACGGUGAUUACUUAACUUGGCCAUCAUUUAGAGAUAUUUUUACAGCUGUCUAUAUAAAUCACCCUAAAUUAUGCUCAGUUCAAAAGUUAUUUCAUCUUCAUUCGAAGACAAAAGGAGAGGCAAAUAAUAUAGUUUCAAGAUUCCCCUUAACCGCAGAUAGCUUUAACCUAGCAUGGGCAGCUUUAACUGAUCAAUUUGAAAACCAAAGAAUCAUUGUGAAUAAUCAAUUAAAAAAUCUUUUUAAUUUAUCAAAUGUGUCAAUAGAAUCCGGAAAGGGUGUUCGAAAUUUACAACGCGAAAUAAACGACAGUCUCUCAAUUCUUAAGGCGCACAAAGUUAAUACAGAUCAUUGGGAUCCUAUUAUUGUGUAUUUAUGUUCCAAUAAGCUUCCGGAAAAAACACUUUCUAUAUGGGAACAAACAUUAGAAAAUCCUAGAGAUAUUCCAUCCUGGUCCGCAAUGGACAAUUUUCUCACAAAUCGUUAUCGAGUGUUAGAAACAGUUUCCGAUAUAAAGUGUCAAUCAAAAUUAAAGGAAUCUACAAAUAAAUUUAAAUUUUUUAAAUCAAACAAUGAUAAAACUCAACAACAUCGAUCGUUUCAUACCAAUGCAAAAGGCUAUAGUUGCAAACUUUGCAAUAAUAAUCAUCCCAUUCGACUCUGUCCAACUUUCAUUCAAUUGCCCAUUCCAGAUAGAAUUUCGAAAGUAAAUUCUCUUAAAUAUUGUAACAAUUGUUUAUCGUCUUCUCAUUUGAAGCAAAAUUGCCAAAGCAUUCAUACCUGCAUAUACUGCAAGCAAAAGCAUCAUACGAUGCUCCAUAUCCCUACUGCAUCGGAUUCUCAACUUCAAUCCAUUUCGCCUAAUCCUUCUUCAUUAAGUAAUGCACCCAACCAAUCUCAAUUUCAAAACAAUUUUAUACAGUCCACUGAAAACCCAAUCGCAAAUCAAAACUCAUUUAAUAUUCAAUCUUACUUUUCAACAAAUAAUAAAACAGUUUUGUUAGCAACGGCUUUAGUCCAUAUACAUCAUUUAGGAAGUGUAUUUACCUUACGAGCCUUCAUAGAUACGGGAUCAGAAGUCACUUUUAUUUCUGAAGCAGCUCAAAAAAGAUUGAGUUUACCGGUGCGAUCGAUACAAGCAAAAAUAUCUGGCAUAGGUUCUGCUACCACCGCAACUGCUUCAAAAAUGUGUUCGUUCCUAUUAGGAUCAAAACUAAAUCCUGAUUUUAGUCUUUUAACAAAUGCGUUAGUGUUAAAAAGUCUGACAGGUAAUCUACCAACUGCCACUAUAAUUCAAAAGGAAUCUUUGGCUCCAUUUGAUUUCGUAUUAGCUGAUCCUUAUUAUUAUGAAAGCUCGAAAAUAGAUCUUUUAAUUGGAAUGGAUAUAUAUCCCUCAAUUGUAAGAAAUGGAUUGCAUACAAAUGUAUUGGGUUCACUUAUGGCCCAAAAUACAAUAUUUGGAUGGAUUUUAUCUGGCCCUAUUCAAGAAGAGAUACGUUCAUGUUCAACUUUUCUUUCAUUUUUUAAUGCAAUUUCGUUGGAUAGACAAAUUCAGGAUUUCUUUGAAAUUGAAAAUAUUCCUGAUUAUAAGCCUCUCUCCGAAGAAGAUAUAUUUUGUGAAAAAUUGUAUUCCACGACAACCUCGAGAGGUGCUGAUGGUCGUUACACAGUCCGACUUCCUUUCAAAGAUCCCACUCCAGCAUUAGGUCAUUCUCGUGACAUAGCCUUCAAACAAUUCCAGCGCAUGGAAAAAUCUUUUGAAAAAAAACCUGACCUGUAUGUUAAGUACAAUCAAGUGCUGGAAGAAUAUUCUUCAUUGGGACAUAUGGAAGAGGUUUUAUCCGAUGAAAUCAUAUAUGAAAACAGAGUGUGCUCAUUCUUUCUGCCUCAUCAUGCGGUUAUAAAACCAGAUAGCAUUUCAACCAAAAUUCGAGUUGUUUUCAAUGCGUCUAAUAAAUCCAGCACUGGUGUCAGUUUAAACGACUUAUUGCACACUGGCCCUGUGUUACAAUCUGACUUAACUACCUUAAUUUUGAAUUGGCGUUUGUAUCGAUAUGUGUUCAAUGCAGAUAUCGAAAAAAUGUAUCGUCAAAUUAGAGUUGACUCGGAACACACUCCGUAUCAACGAAUUUGGUACCGAAAUCCCGCGAAUGAAGACAAUCAAGUAAAAACUUAUGAGUUGAAAACAGUAACGUUUGGUGUUAAUUGUGCACCAUUUUUAGCUAUUCGGACACUACACAAACUAUCUGAAGAUGUGCAAUAUACCUUGCCUCUUGCUUCUACAAUUUUGAAAGAAGAUUUUUAUGUCGAUGACGUCUUGUCCGGUGCACAUGGCAUUGAUUCUGCAUUAAGAGCACAACAGGAGUUGAUCGAAGCUUUAGAGUCUGCAGGCUUUCCGUUAAGAAAGUGGACAUCCAAUUGUCAAGAUCUUCUUAACAAUAUUCCAAAGGCUCAUCUUUUAAAUGAAAAUAUUUUAAAUCUUGAAGAUAAAAGUGUUUCGAAAACACUUGGCAUACGAUGGAAUGCAAAACUUGAUGCAUUUCAAUUUUUCUUCAAAACAUUAGCAUCUGAUAUUGGUCUUACCAAAAGAUCAGUGAUUUCUAUAAUUGCACGAUUAUUUGACCCUGCCGGCUGGCUAGCCCCAGUCAUUAUCACUGCAAAGAUCAUAAUGCAGCAAGUCUGGCGUGACGGCACGUCAUGGGACCAAGAAAUUGCGCCGCUAACGUGUCGCCGCUGGAAAUUAUUUUUAACUUCCUUGCCAUUUAUAGAAAGAAUCCAAGUCCCUCGAUGGCUACAAUAUGACCCAACAAAACCAAUUCAAAUUCACGGCUUUUGCGACGCUUCAGAGCAUGCAUACGCAGCAGCCUUUUACUUACGCGUUCAAACCAGUGAAAAUAGUUGGUCUUCGAAUUUAAUAUGCUGCAAAAGUAAAGUAGCCCCAGUUAAUCAACUGCCUUUGCCUAGGCUAGAACUAUGCGGUGCUUUUCUCUUAGCAAAACUUUUUACAAAGGUUAUAUCCAAAUUAAAAUGUCCUAGUAAUGAUCUAUAUUGUUGGACCGAUAGUUCAAUAGUAUUGGCUUGGUUAGAUAAACCAGCCUGUACAUGGAAAACCUUCGUGGCUAACCGCAUUUCUCAAAUUCAAACAGAUCUUCCCCAUAUAAAGUGGAGACAUGUUCGGUCAGCUGAUAAUCCUGCUGACUUGGCAACCAGAGGUAUUUCACCGAUAGAGCUCCAAAAUAAUAAUUUAUGGUGGAAUGGUCCUUCUUGGCUCUGCCAGCCCCAGUCUCUUUGGCCUCAGUCUCUUUUAAAAACUGCAGGCGAAGAUGAUCUGGAGCGGCGAGCAAUUAAAGUUUACACCAGUUCGAUUGUAUCAAAUGUUGAAACAGUAAUUAGUAGAUUUUCUUCGUGGUCAAGACUAUUACGAGUGAUGAGUUAUGUCUUUCGAUUUUUCCAUCUAACACACAAAAAGCAUAAAAAGUUCUUUCGAUAUACAACAACAACCGUUUCUAAAAAUGAAAUGGAUCAUGUGAAAGGACUCGUCAUUUGCUUGACCCAACAUCUUUAUUAUCAACCUGAUUACGUUAAACUCUUAAGAAAAGCACCAGUUUCCAGCAAAAGUCGACUGCUGAACCUGAAUCCAUUUAUGGACAGAAACCAUAUAAUUCGUUCUGAUAGCAGACUCUCCUGUUCAACUCUUUCUUAUAAUGAAAAAUAUCCCAUCUUACUCCCUUAUCAAGCCGUAAUUUCCAGCCUUUACGUUAAUUAUUUGCAUCGUAUUACACUGCACGGUGGAAACCAACUUGUACUUCGAAUGGUUCGAUGUGAAUUUUAUAUACCAUACGUUAAAAAGUUAAUUAAAAAGUGCAUCCAUUUGUGUAAACCUUGUCAGAUACAAAGAAUGAAAUUGCAAACCCAAAUAAUGGGUGCCCUUCCAGUUGAACGAACCAUAAUCUCUUCUCCUUUCACUUACACAGGCGUUGAUUUUGCCGGCCCAUAUUUGAUAAAGAGCUUUUCUGGUAGAAAUUGUCGCAUUACUAAAGGGUAUGUAUGCCUUUUCGUUUGUUUUGGGACAAAAGCAAUUCAUUUAGAAGCCGCAAGUGAUUUGAGUACUGAUACCUUUUUAGGAGCAUUCAAUCGAUUUAUUUCUCGUCGUGGCUUGCCAAAAACGCUGUUCUCUGAUAAUGGCACCAAUUUUGUAGGUGCUAAUAAAGCCAUUUCAAGUGAUUUUAAAGCAUUUCUCGAAUCUGCCACAGAUGAAUUGUGUGAAAGAUACAAGGAUCGCAACCUCGAGUGGAAAUUCAUUCCACCUGGUGCUCCACACAUGGGAGGGAUUUGGGAAGCAGGAGUAAAGAGUUUUAAACUUCACUUUAGAAAAAUAGCUGGAACCAACAAAUUUACUUUCGAAGAAUUUUCAACGCUUCUAGCUAAAGUUGAAGCUUGUCUGAACUCAAGACCCAUUUCUCCUAUUACCGAAAACCCAGCUGAUAUUCUGCCCUUAACUCCAGGACACUUUCUCCGUGGUGGACCUUUAUUAUCACCGUUAGAACCUGCUAUGGAUGAAAGUUCCCUAAGUUGUAUUAAGAGAUGGGAACGUGUUAAGAUUCUUCAUCAUCAAUUUUGCCGUAGGUGGAAGGAUGAGUAUCUUAAGGAGUUAAAUAAAAGAUACAAAUGGAAAUGUCCAAAACGGAACAUUAUGUUAGACGAUUUAGUCGUUAUAAGAGAUGAAAAUCUCCCCCCAAACGAAUGGCGUCUUGGCCGCAUUAUUAAGGUCUAUCUUGGACCCGAUGACAAAGUUCGUGUUGUAGAUGUGAAGACUCAAAAUGGAGUCAUAACUAGACCUAUUACAAAACUUUGCAUUUUGCAUGAACCUGAUUCUGAGCCUCAAUCUGAGCCAGAAUUCAAAUCUCCACCUGAACCUUCAAAUUGA